AUGGAUUAUUCCAACUAUGCCGGCCAUCAACCCCAGCCCUACUCGCUGUACGGCCUCCCAACCCCCGACCAACAACCACCGCAGCAAUCGGAUGAUACCCUGCGCGACCCGUUCUCACUGCAGCCGCAGCAGAAUGCUUAUAAUCAGUACUUUCCCGGCCUCGAGGGCUCCUUGCGUCUAGACCCCUCAUCUUUUGUCCCGCCACAUUCACCGCCGGACUCUUUUACAAAGCACUCUGUUUCAAGCAAUGAUCCGAAUAAUCAUACAAAGGCUGAAUCGGGAUUACUUGAUGGCGAUGAGAAUUUAUAUGGAGAUGGUGGUAUGGCGAGGAGUAGUAGUGAGGAGAAGGAGUCAAUGACACCAGCUCAAACGAAGCGCAAGGCGCAGAACCGUGCAGCCCAACGAGCCUUCCGCGAAAGAAAAGAACGCCACGUCAAAGACCUAGAAGACAAAGUAAACUCCCUCGAAUCAGCCUCAACAUCCCUGCAAGCAGACAACGAGCGCCUAAAGCGCGAACUCGCAAAAUUUGCCACAGAAAACGAAAUCCUCCGCGCAACCUCCGGCUCCUUAAGGGAUCAUACCUCCACCUCCCACGCUCUAUCUCGUCACGAAGAACCAACUGUAACGGGGCCAAUGAAGUACUCCCCUACGGACUUUUAUACGAGUUUGAUGCCUGAAGGCUCGGGCUGGGGUCCUCCACCGGGGAGUACGUCUAGUGCACCACCUGCUUCGCACCGGGUUACGACUUGUCAGGUUACGGGGGAGAAGUUACUUGAUGCGGGUGCUACUUGGGAUUUCAUUCAGGGGCAUGAGUUUUUAAAGAGUGGGCAGGUGGAUAUUGGGGAUGUGGCGGAGAGAUUGAAGGGAUUGGCGCAGUGCAAUGGGCAGGGACCUGCCUUUAAAGAGGGGGAGAUUAUGAGGGCUAUUCAGGCUAGUGUUGCGGAGAGGGAUGAGUUGAUUUGA